CGAAAUCGUUGAAAUUCUAAAAUUUUGAAGAACCCCAUGUCUACCCUCUCUCUUCUGUAUCUCCCUUCAUUCUCUCUGUAAACCCUAAGCCAUCGCCACCGCCACCAUCACCGCCAUUGAACCAUCAAAGCUCAAUCCACACUUCACCUUCAUUCAGUCAAUCUGGCCCUUUAAUUUUAGCAAACCCACCAGAACCUUAGGUCUUGCCUUUUAUGAUUUCAUAUCCUUCCUUCCCUAGUUGUAUGUUAUUCUGAAUCCGUAUUUCUUUUCUCCAUCACGAACGCGCCUCUAUCGCAUCGCUUUGCUCACCGUCGUCGUCUUAGGCUCUUACGCCUCUAUCGUGGUCUUUGUGCUCAUCGUAUCAUCAUACAUGUCGCCUCUUCUCAUCGUUCUGCUCCUUGACCCUACACAGAUGGGCUCCGUUAUGUUAGCGAAUUUCCAAUUUCCAUUACCUAAGGAAGGAGAAUAUGAGUAUGAGAAAUAUAGUUUCAUAGUGGAUGAUAUUAAUGAAGAUGGACAGGAUGAAGAGGAAGAAGGCAGGGUGGAUAGUGAUGAUCAGAGGCAAAAGAAGAAGAAAAGAAAGAAAAGGGAAUCAAAGAAGAACUAUGUUCUUGAUGAAGAUGACUAUGAGCUUCUUCAAGAUAACAACAUCAUUGGAUUUCGACGUCCAAAAGCCGCGAGAUUUUAUGAUGAGGAUGAUUAUAAUAGAAGUGAAAAGAGUGGGCAAAGUGCAGAGCAGAAAAUCGAGCAUAGUUUAUUCGGGGAUGAUGAGGGUCCACCUCUUGAUGACAUUGCUGAAGAGGAUCAACAUGAAGAGGAAGAGGAUGGUGAGAUUGGCGAGGAAGAAGAUGAAAUGGCUGACUUCAUUGUUGAUGAGGAAGAGGUUGAUGAACAUGGUGAACCAACAAGAAGGAGUAAGGUCAAUAAGAAAAAUUCAAGGCAGGCCCUAGGGGUUUCCUCACAAGCACGGACAAUAACAGUCAACUUGUGUUCGUAGACCAAAAUAUAUAAUGUGCACAGGUGGCGAUCCUUCUGGAUACAUUC